GAGGACGAGGAGGACAAUCCCGAGGAGCAUGAGGAUGUCUCUGUGGAGUCCGCGGCCACCAUCGAGGAUCUCCGCGAAUCGCUCUUCGAGAAGGCGCGGCCCGGCCAGGACCGCCUCUUCCGCAUGGUUGACAGGAGUUUUGGGGGCAUCCAGCGGGCGCUGGAUCGUCGCACGGCGCUCCUGGAGAGCCGCCAUGAGAAGAAGCGAGUCCAGCAGCAUCAGGCCGACGACAUCAGGCCCGUGGAGGACGAGUUGCAGAGGAGGCAGCAGGAGACUGACAAGAUGCUGACGAAAAACUCGGCCGACCUGGCGCAGAUGCAGCGCAAACUCGGAGCGGCGGCAGCAGCGGGCGCCCCGCAGCCGCCAAAGGCUGGGCCAGCCUGGAGCCGAGAGAUCGACAGCGCGGCGCUGGCCGUCACAUCCAAGCGCCCGCUCACGCGCGCGGCGGUCGCGCAGGCCAUGGCCCCCGCGCUGGCCGACGCGCAGCUGGCCGAUGUUUCUCGAGCUGAGGGGGAGGACCUGGGACAGCGCUUCAUGGUCAGGAUGGCAGGGGGCGCGGGCCUCGCUGGGCGUGGCGUCCGCGAGCUCGCGGCCUCGUUCCGCGGCGGCGGCCCCGCCGGCGCCCGUCGCCAGGUCUCGGCCACGACCCCGACAGGCCACGACGCGCAGCUCUCUCUCAGCCAAGACAAGACCUCCCGCAAGGUGACUCACGAGAUCGCGCUCACGCAGAUGCGCCACGCGCUCGAGGAGGGGCUCUCGGAGCGCAUAUUCGUUGUCCCUUUCGGCCCCGGCCAGCCAGAGGACGCCCUCCCCGCGGCGUGGCAACCGCUGGUCAAGAUCGCGAUUGAGGGACCUG